AUGGCCGGCAACACUGAGAAAAAUUGUAAGGAAAUGUUUGAAGGGAAAGUGUUGAUAGAACUCAAGGGUACAGCUGAAAACGUCAAAAAUUGGGUUACCGGAAGUUAUAUCGCCUUUGCAAAAAAAAAAGAUGGAAAUAUUACAAAUUUUGAGUUGGCCGAGGAAUUUAAUAUCGUCGAAUCAACGUUUCAGGAAUUCUAA